AUGGAGGCCGGGAGCGAGGUGGCAGGAGGAAGUGGCCGUGAUCAUGGACACAAACCCGGAGCAGACCUUCUUCUCCAGCAACCACUGGCUCUUCUUCUCCGUGUACCUCUUCACCUUCCUCGUGGGGCUCCCCCUCAACGUGGUGGCCCUGGUGAUCUUCGUGGGCAAGCUGCGGCGCCGCCCGGUGGCCGUGGACGUGCUCUUGCUCAACCUGACCCUCUCCGACCUGCUCCUGCUCCUCUUCCUGCCCUUCCGCAUGGCGGAGGCAGCCAGCGGCAUGCUCUGGCCCCUGCCCUUCGUCCUCUGCCCCGUCUCCGGAUUCCUCUUCUUCACCACCAUCUACCUCACCUCCCUCUUCCUGGCGGCUGUGAGCACCGAGCGCUUCCUGAGCGUGGCCUACCCGCUGUGGUACAAGACUCGGCCGAGGCCGGGCCAGGCUGGCCUGGUCAGCGGAGCCUGCUGGCUCCUGGCCGCCGCUCACUGCAGCGUGGUCUACAUCAUCGAACUCUCGGGGAACUCUUCCCAGAGCCAGGGUAAAAACGGGACGUGCUACCUGGAAUUCCGGGACGACCAGCUGGCCAUUCUCCUGCCUGUCCGGCUGGAGAUGGCUGUGGUCCUUUUUGGGGUGCCCCUGCUCGUCACCGGCUACUGCUACAGCCGCCUGGUAUGGCUGCUCGGCAGGGGGGCCAGCCACCGCCGGCGGAAGAGGGUGGCGGGGCUGGUGGCAGCCACGUUGCUCAAUUUCCUCGUCUGCUUUGGGCCCUACAACAUGUCCCAUGUCGUGGGCUACAUCCAGGGCAGAAGCCCGACGUGGAGAAGUUACGUGCUGCUCCUUAGCACCCUGAAUUCCUGUGUCGAUCCCCUCGUCUACUACUUCUCAUCGUCUGGGUUCCAAGCCGACUUUCAGGGACUGCUGAGGAGGCUGACUGGGGUCUGGGGCCCUGGGAGGCAGGAGAACAGCGAGCAACUGCAGGAGAGGAAGGAGGGAGAGGAGCAGGUGCAGGAGCCGCCCAACAGAGAGAACAGGUAGUGGGCUCCGGAGGGCCGUGGAGUGGGUGGC